AUGGACCCCAAUGGGGAGAAGAGCGCGCAAGGCGGGAGCACGGAGUCUCGGUGGAAGAAGGGCAAGAAGAGAUGGAGGAAUUUCUGCUUGUAUCAUUCUAGUACUCCUCUGCUCUUCAGACUGCUCAACCUCAUAUUCACAACUAUCGCUUUGGCGGUCGCGAUCCGAAUGCAGCUCGAGGAACGGCACGCGGGUGUAGAAGGCGUUCUAGGCAGUUCAACAGCAGUAACGAUCCUGGAAUAUUACGGCCGCCCAUUAGGCCUCUGGCGCACCUCAGCCAAGCUCGCGUACACCCUCGUAGAAGUCAUCUUCGUCUGUCUCUGGUCCUCCGCUCUCUCACUAGCGAUCGACAACUACCUAACGACACCCCUCCGGUGUGCACCGCGAAACCUGACAUCCUGGUGGUCUGACCAGCCGCCAACACCGAACCCUCUCUCCCCAGACGACUCGGACAUAGGCCAAGAUGUAUGCAGACUCCAGGCGGCGCUGAUCGGCUUGGUCCUCGUGGGCCUGUGCAGCUAUUGCUCGAAUUUGAUCAUUAGCCUGUUUAGGAUAUUCGAGAGGGUCAAGGUUAGGACUGUGGAUUAUCGCUGGAGCGCCUUGGGGGAUGGGGCGGUUUAGAACCCCGAUGGCGGCUGGCACACCGAUUGAGCUAUUGCACGCUGUCUUACACUUGCGGGACUGGGCCUCGCAGACUCUCGCCCCGACCGACCACAACAGUGCAGCCGUGUCCCCAGCGCUUCAAAGUGGCUGCAGGGCGAGCAUCGUCUCUCUAUCCCGCGAGCAAUGCUCCCGUCGUCGUCUUCGACAUCGGAAGCCGCUGAACGCAUCGUUUUCCUGGUCUCCUCCACACCGUCAGUCUCGCUGCAU